CUGAGCCUGACCAGCCCUAAUGGUCCUGGAGAGGCCAGUGUUGGGGGCCUCUGUUAGGGUUCCAGGCUCUCUAGAGUCUCAGAAGAUGCCUCCAGAAGCCGCUGGUCUCAAGUCAGGGUAGCCAUGGUAUACUGGGCACAGGAGACACACAGUUGCCUGAGCCCUGGCCCAUGCUCAGGCUAUGCUCCUGUGGUGGAACCCAGACAGAUGGUGAAUGCAGACCUGGAGGAGGCAGGGAGCGCAGGCAAAAGUAGUCAGAAAGGCCAGACUCCACCCAAAAGCCCAGAUACACAGCGGAGGGCAGGCGAGAGCUGGGCCUGGACACUAGAUGGUGGGCAGGGGGUGCUGGGCAGCCCCCCAGGCCUGAGGGCAAGUGAGAUGGAGCUGGGCUGCCUCCUGACCUGCUGUGCAGCCUGGGAGAGGCCAGUUCCCUCUCUGGGACCCGUCCAGCCCCAGGGACAAUCAGGGAUUCAGACCUCAAGCCUCAGGGGGAACAAUGGAGCCGUUGAAGGCCCUCCCCCCGCAUUGUGCUUGGUAGUGAGAGGUGGCCCUGGGUCAGUCUGGCUGGGUACGCACUCUCAGGAGGGCUGGUGUCCAGCCAGCCAUCAGGUAGAAGAGCUCAGAAGGCCUUGUUUCCUGGCCUGGAAAAGGUUGAGCUCCUGCUCGUGGCCUGCAGGUCCCGUCCCCCGUCCCUAUGACCAACAUGAGCUGGAGCUUCCUGACACGGCUGCUGGAAGAGAUCCACAACCACUCCACGUUCGUGGGCAAGGUAUGGCUCACGGUGCUGGUGGUCUUCCGCAUCGUGCUCACGGCCGUGGGCGGCGAGUCCAUCUACUCCGAUGAACAGACCAAGUUCACGUGCAACACGCGGCAGCCAGGCUGCGACAACGUCUGCUACGAUGCCUUCGCACCCCUGUCCCACGUGCGCUUCUGGGUUUUCCAAAUAGUGGUCAUCUCCACGCCCUCUGUCAUGUACCUGGGCUAUGCGGUGCACCGCCUGGCCCGCGCCUCUCAGGACGAGCGCCGCCGCGCCUCUCGCCGCCGCCCGAGCCGUCGAGUGCCCCGCACACCACUGCCAUUGCCCCCGCCGCCCCAUCCGGGCUGGCCUGAUCCCGCUGACCUGGGUGAGGAGGAGCCCAUGCUGGGCCUGGGCGAAGAGGAUGAGGAGCCAGGGGCGGGUGAGGGCCUGGGUGAGGAAGACGAGGCUGAGGACGGGGGUACAGCCAAGGGCGCUGGAGGGGACACAAAGGCGGCAGGGGCCCCGGGCCCAGCAGGGCAGCAUGACGGGCGGCGUCGCAUCCAGCGCGAGGGACUGAUGCGCGUGUACGUGGCCCAGCUGGUGGCGCGGGCUGCCUUCGAGGUGGCCUUCCUGGUGGGCCAGUACCUGCUGUAUGGCUUCGAGGUGCGGCCCUUCUUCGCAUGCAGCCGCCAGCCCUGCCCGCACGUGGUCGACUGCUUCGUGUCACGGCCCACCGAGAAGACGGUCUUCCUGCUGGUCAUGUACGUGGUCAGCUGCCUCUGCCUGCUCCUCAAUCUCUGCGAGAUGGCGCACCUGGGCCUGGGCAGCGCGCAGGACGCUGUGCGCGGCCGGCGACCCCCGCCCACCACCCCCGGCCCGGCCCCGCGCCAGCCGCCCUGCGCGCUCCCCGCCGCGCCCUCGGGCCUGGCCUGCCCGCCUGACUACAGCCUGGUGGUGCGCGCAGCCGAGCGCGCACGCGCCCACGACCAGGACCUGGCCAGCCUGGCGCUGCAGGCGCUGCAGGACCGGCGUGCGCUCGGGGACCUCGACGGCCCACCCGGCCCCGCCCUUCCAGCUGCCGCCCAGGAACCCCCUAGGGCCGGCGCGCCCGCCUCCGGGUCCGGCAGUGCCACCUCCGGAGGCACGGCUGGGGGCCAGGGCCGGCCAGGCGCCAAACCCAGGGUGGGCUCAGAGAAGGGCAGUGCGAGCAGCAGCAGGGAGGGUAAGACCACCGUGUGGAUCUGAGGCCCCGUCCUGGCUGCUCUCCCUCCUCCCGCCACACCAGGGAGGGGGGUGAGGUGCUCUAGGGGAAGGAUGUGGGCUGGACACCUAAGGGGCAGAACACCUACCUUCCUCCUCCUCAGCUGGCUGCCCCUCACCUCGUGACAGGGUGGGGGGUGGGGUGGGGGCGUGGGUACCAGCCUGCCCUGCAUCACUGUGCUUCUGCACCUGAGCCUCAUCUCCAUCUAGGGUCGGGUGGGACAGGCAGGCCUGGGACCCAUGAAGGGUCCCCAGCUCUGAUCCAUAAACCCUGACAGGUGAAUGGGACUGUGGCUGGGGCAUUGCCUCCCACCCACCACCCCAGGGCCACCCAGCUAGCCACCUCAGGACAAAAAUGUUGGCCAGGUGGGAGCUCUGCCCCCUCCACCCCUGCUUCCCUUCAGCAGCCCAUGUGUGACUGCCAGGGGUGCCUGGCCUGUGUAUAGGAGAGUGCCGUGCUUGUCCCCACUCCCUGCCCAGCAAAUGGGGCUCCUUUCCUAGAAACCACGCUCCUCUAGCCCACUUUCUGCUUCUUGCGGAGCUGGAAGAAAUGCCAGGUCUUUCUUGUACAGAAAGGAAAACAGAGAGCAGGGUAGGCAGAGGCCCCUGGGCCCAGCCCAGGUCUACACUGCCUCCUGCCUCAUCUGCACUAAGCCCCAGAACAUGAGCUGCCAGGUGGGGCUGCACCCUGCUUCCUGCUCCCUGCCCACACAGAUUUGGGGCUCAGGCCCUGGAGGGUGUGGAUGGGACCAUGCCCUCUCCAGCUUCUGCACUGGCCUGGCGUGGCCCCUUCCUCUGGGACAUACUUGAAGUUCCGAAAAGACAUUGGCCCCCUCGCCACGCUGACAAACAGGAUGGUGGUCAGAGGCUGCGGCUUUGGCCAUGCUGGGGGAAGGGGUUCUGAGGCUCCCACCACAGCCCCUCUGCCCUCUAGCCCCAUCUCCAAUUCAGACACAGCCUCUAAAACAAAGAGAGUAAAAUAAAACUAACUUUUGUUUACAA